CGAAACGUUUGAGGAGCUGUCUUUCUGUCUGGCUAGAGUACAGGWRACRUGGAUGGGCACUAGCGUGCAUCCCACGUGGAUCGAGAAUCCGGAGCUGCUGAUCAUACAGGCUUGGAGGACUAAYGUAGAAGGAGAUCUUCUUGGCUUUCUCUUCGGAUCGGUACGGCCGGGUCGACGCCACCUGAUUGCGCAGGAGCUUAUCGCACCGAUCRUGCAAUUGUCGGACGAUCUCUUGCCCGACAUUUAUUUUCGGAGUGACAACAGUCCUGCUCCGUACAUUUUCGAGCGAUCAUUGGACCCAUACSUUCAGAGGACUGCGUGUUUGGAAAAACCUAGGGACGAGGAUACGCUACCGUCGCGACAGGAGUACCUGAAGCCGUACGAGAUCAUCCCUCACGCCUUCUAUCCGAGGGCAGAGGAAGUAGUGAUCGACGACGAAGAAGAAGAAGACGAAGACGAAGAAACAUCGGAGGAGGGAAGCUAUAGUGAGCAUAGCGAGGGCGAGCUGAGCGAAGGAGAAGAGGAGGAAGAGGAAACUGGAUCUGAGUGGGAAGCCUUGCCGGAGGAAGCRACGCGCACGGGAACGGAGGCGGAAGAUCCGGAAGCGGCGCGAAAGCGCGGAAAAAUUGGCACCGGGAAGCGCCAGCUGGAGUUCGCCAGCCAAGCUAGCCUGCGCAUCGGCAACGAUCCGACCAGGGAUCCACAGCCGCCGAAGCCCGAAGAUGGCGACCCUGCAGCCGCCACCUCAAGUACCGCGCGACGGAGACGGAGCCGAUCCCCCUCCUCCCCCAGCCCCACCCGUCCCCCAGUUCGCCCACGUACCGAUGCGGGCGAUAGGCCUUCGUCCUCGAACGCUGUCCCGCUGACCCCUUGAUUUCCUCACCCUCGAGCAGAUCCGUACCCCCGUCACCUUCCCCUCCCAUCCUUUCCAUCCCCAUCUCUUCCGCGA